GGGGCUGGGGCUGGGGCAUCAGGGAGGCGUCUGCUGGGCACGGGGGGAUCUCCAUACAUCUGUGGUUCUUGAGGCCCCACCAUCCUCUCCCCAGGACGCCCACACUUCAGGACCCACCAAUAUGACUAUCCUCAACACAGAAGGAAAUCUCACAGUACGGCUGGGCUCCAGAGGUGUAGGGCAAGGCAUGCAGGCUGGGAGCCCCUCCCCCUCCCGGAGCUCCUGUCAGAAGCCAGAGGCAGAGGCCCCAUCCUCUGGAAACUCAGUUGGAGCCGUGGGGUCCCGAGGAAGUCCCCCUGCCCCCGAAAGCCCAGCUGAGUGCAGGUUGCCUGGCAACAGCCUGGCAUCAAGGCUGCUGCCUGGGUCCCAGCAGACAGCCCCCAGGGAUCCCUGUGGCCCAAAAGCAGUCUGGGCAACUGGCCCCAAGCCCUGGAGGCAGGGAAGCCGCCCCCCUACACACGCUGAUACACACUCAUAUACACUCACACACUCGUGGUCCCAGAGGGUUCUUUCUUUCUUUGGGCUGUGGCUGAGGGCGUGUCUGUAGAAUCCACCUCCUGGGGUCGGCCCAGGUCCCAGAGCCGGACGGAGCUGGCCUGUCCCAGGGAUGUGCACCCUCCCCCAUCCAGGUCUGGGGUCUUUGUCCAGGCUCCUUCUGCCUGGCCUCUGCUACCAGGGGCUGUUCCAGGCAAGCAGAGGGUAUGGGGGACUGUGGGGUGCAGGCACGGUGGGGUGAGGAGUAGGCAGCCAAGCCAGGCCCUUGGCCCUGCAUCCAGUGGAAGCAGGGACCUUCAGCCAGCCUGAGGGCGGCUGUGGGGGAUGAAGGGGUGGCAGCCGCUUUGGCCAGGCCAACCUCCCGACAUGCCAUGUCCUGGGACCUAAAGGGCACCCGGGAGGCUUGAGGGUGGUCCAGUGUCCUGGGCAAAAGCAUUGAGGCCAGGCUCCCUCCCCACCUGUCUGUGGGUGAGACCAGCAGCCUGCACUGCUGGGUGGCCACGGUCAGAGGGUGUCUGUGCGUCCGUGCAUGGCUCUGGGCGUCUGGUGACCAGCAUCUGCCUCUGCGAGUGUGUACGUGAGCAUGUGUGUGCAUGUGUGUGUGUGUGCGUGUGUGUGCAUGUAUGUGUGUGCAUGUACGUGUGUGCAUGUAUGGGCAUAUGCAUGCCUGUGUGUGCACAUAUGUGCAUGUACGUGUGUGCACGUGUAUAUGCAUGUAUAUACACGGAGGUAUAUUUGUGUAUGUACCCGCCUGUGCUUGUCUGGGUGAGAUUUGGGAUUUGUGUGCGUAUGUGUGAACUCUCAGAACCAGAAGCCACAGAAUGACGCACUCUGAUCCAACCCUGUUUCCCUAGGUCCAGUUUGAGGACUGAACUGGUGGGGGGCGGGGAGAGAGUAGUUUGGGGCUUUUUACAGCUCACCAGGUGUAACAGGACCCCUCCCAAGGGCCAGUUUGCUGCCCUAGCCAGGAAUGGGAGUCAGGAGGCUCUUCUUGGAGGCUGAGAAAGGUCCCAGAGUGGCACCUCCCUACUUGCAGGCAGAUCCCAGGAAAGUCCCAAGCCUGGAAGGGCCUGUCUCCCUCGAGGCCAGAGUGGGACGGUUUGGGGGGCUGGGGCCCUCACCCAGCACUGGUGGGUGGGACAGCAUGGGUGUGCAGGUGGGCGUGGAUGGGUGUGGGCAUGGGAGGGGCCGGGCCUGGGCUAGGAUUUGCCAGGAGGGCACUCCCAGGGCCUGGUCAUGCCACCCUCAGAACUGCCUUUCUGUGCUGACAUCUGCCCUGCAAGGUUGAGGCUGUGUCCCCUUUUCUCCAGAAGUGCAGCUGCCAAGGAGUCCCAGGCCCCGUGGUAUACAGUGGGCUCAUGGCGACACCCAGGCAGGCCCACGGGCUCUGCCCUCAGGCUCCCUCCCACCCUGUGGUGGGCACAGCCCCUGCUCUGGGCUGGCUCUGCGAAGAACCAGGGAGAGUGGGAAAGAAUAUAUUGGGUGGGGCAGGGGUGCUGCCCCUCACCCAGGAGAAGGGAUGUUCCAGGAUCCCGCGGCACAGGCAACACAGCUCCUUGGUCCAUUUGCGGGGAUGGUAGAGGCCAGAAUGUGAGGACCAAGCCUCUGUCCUCCCCACAGCAGGGCAGGUUUGCGGGAAGCGGGAGAGAGACAGUGGCGGGACAGGCUGUGCUGGGGUCCCAGGACUGCUGUGAACCCCACCUCCCCCUGCCGCUCCUCUUCCCCCACUCCAGCUGCGCUGCUCAUGAUGUUGGGGGGCAAGCGGCAAGGGAUGGGAGAGGGGCCUGGCCCUUUAAGCAGCGGCCUGCAGUCGGCCUUGGACCCUUGGCCGGGUGACUGCACUGCAAGUGGGUGGGGUGGCGGCCCCCGCCCUGGCGGGGAGUCCGGGGGUCAUGGAGGUGGCGGGCAGAAGCGCAUCUGUGACUGUGGCCAUAAGCGCUUGCAGGGUCUCCCAGGUGGCAUGGGGCAGGCACAUGUCCUGGUACACACGCCUUUUUUCAAGUCUGGGAUUUCACUGUGAGUAGCAGGUGAACUGCAGGCGCUGCCCCAGAAACCCCCGAGUCAGAGAGCAGGAAUACUGGGAAGGCGCCUUUGGAGAUGCCUGGGGGUAGGGGUGCCUCCCCAGGGCCCAAAGAGUGCUGAGACCUACAAAGGGUCCACUGAACCCCAACACCCCUCACUUAUCACUCACUCCCAGAGCCUGGGUGGUUCUGAAAUCCCUGGAGCCUUGGUCUGGAGCCUCGGUCCCUGCUAGGCCUGGCAUCCACAGUGGGGUGUGUAGGGACAUCCACACUACCUGCUCCACCUGGGGGGUCCUGGGAAGCUUCCUGGGGAAUUGCUGACAUAGCUGUCGGUUCUCUGCACCUGUCCAGAGACUUUCCUGCCUUUACCUCCUCUGGGAGAGGUGGGAGGGUUCUGAUGGAAUCCCCAGCACCUUCUCCUUUGGCCAGGCCCUGGAGAAAGCAGAGAGUAAGGCACAAAAUCCCUGGGAGAGCCACAGGGAGGAGGAGAGGCAGCAGGUGGCAGAAGAGUCUGCAGAGAAGUGGUGCAGCCCUUCCCCCUCCGCGGGGCUGUCCUGCAGCGGGAACAUCCAGGGCUCCCCCAGCUCAGAACAGGGGCUUCGCCACCUUCUCCUCCUGCUUCCCCGGCCUCUGCGAGGGCAAGCCUGCUGCCCUGCUACCCAUGAGCCUCUCCCAGCCCUGCCUGCCUGUGCCCAGCGUGGGCCUGACCCGCAUCCUGCCUCACCUCUACCUGGGCUCGCAGAAAGACGUCCUAAACAAGGAUCUGAUGACGCAGAAUGGAAUAAGCUACGUCCUCAACGCCAGCAACUCCUGCCCCAAGCCUGACUUCAUCUGCGAGAGCCGCUUCAUGCGGGUCCCCAUCAACGACAACUACUGUGAAAAACUGCUGCCCUGGCUGGACAAGUCCAUCGAGUUCAUCGAUAAAGCCAAGCUCUCCAGCUGCCAAGUCAUCGUCCACUGUCUGGCUGGCAUCUCCCGCUCUGCCACCAUCGCCAUCGCCUACAUCAUGAAGACCAUGGGCAUGUCCUCCGACGACGCCUACAGGUUCGUGAAGGACAGGCGCCCGUCCAUCUCGCCCAACUUCAACUUCCUGGGCCAGCUGCUGGAGUACGAGCGCAGCCUGAAGCUGCUGGCCGCCCUGCAGGGCGACCCGGGCACCCCCUCAGGGACGCCGGAGCCUCCGCCCAGUCCUGUCGCCGGGGCCCCGCUGCCACGGCUGCCACCACCUACCUCAGAGAGCGCUGCCACAGGGAAUGCGGCUGCCAGAGAGGGCGGCCUGAGCGCGGGCGGGGAGCCCCCCGCGCCCCCCACGCCCCCGGCGACCAGCGCGCUGCAGCAGGGCCUGCGCGGCCUGCACCUCUCCUCGGACCGCCUGCAGGACACUAACCGCCUCAAGCGCUCCUUCUCCUUGGACAUCAAGUCUGCCUACGCCCCUAGCAGGCGGCCCGACGGCCCCGGGCCCCCCGACCCCGGCGAGGCCCCGAAGCUCUGCAAGCUGGACAGCCCGUCGGGGGCCGCGCUGGGCCUGUCCUCGCCCAGCCCAGACAGCCCGGACGCCGCGCCCGAGGCGCGCCCACGGCUCCGCCGGCGGCCCCGGCCCCCCGCCGGCUCCCCCGCGCGCUCCCCCGCGCACAGCCUCGGCCUGAACUUCGGCGAUGCGGCCCGGCAGACUCCGCGGCACGGCCUCUCGGCCCUGUCGGCGCCCGGGCUGCCCGGCCCUGGCCAGCCGGCCGGCCCCGGGGCCUGGGCACCGCCGCUCGACUCCCCAGGCACGCCGUCGCCCGACGGGCCCUGGUGCUUCAGCCCCGAGGGCGCGCAGGGGGCGGGCGGGGUGCUGUUUGCGCCCUUCGGCCGGGCGGGCGCCCCGGGACCAGGCGGCGGCAGCGACCUGCGGCGGCGGGAGGCAGCGAGGGCUGAGCCCCGGGACGCGCGGACCGGCUGGCCCGAGGAGCCGGCCCCGGAGACGCAGUUCAAGCGCCGCAGCUGCCAGAUGGAGUUCGAGGAGGGCAUGGUGGAGGGGCGCGCGCGCGGCGAGGAGCUGGCCGCCCUGGGCAAGCAGGCGAGCUUCUCGGGCAGCGUGGAGGUCAUCGAGGUGUCCUGACCCCUCCGCUGCCCUCGGCCCCGCAGCCCGCAGCCAGGCCCGUUAUAAGUGUAUAUUAUAUAUAAUGCAAAGAAAGGUAAAUGGUUUUACUGGGAUUUUUAUCGAGAAGUAAAUAUUUCGAUUUUUUAUUUAUUUAAGCUGUUCAUUCUGGCAAUGAUUUGGCAACAGUGCGGGUGGUCCUCGAGCUCUAUUUUUACUGUCUGGUAUUUAAACUGAAACAUACGUUUCUAAGCAAUACGAGGCCACCUUCAGUCGCAAGCUGGGUGCCAGGCCUGGGGCCCCUCCCAGUUCCCCCGCCCCAGGAAACACUGCUGACCUUUGCAAAGGCUGCCGAGCUUUCGUGCACUUUUUACAUAACAAAAAGGUGAAAAAAAGGAAAAAAAAACUUCUUUGCCACAAACUGAGCCGCAGAACCCCCCUUCUUCCCCCACCCACCUCCCCUGCUCCUUCCCUUCUCUGCACCGGCCUAGGGCUCUGCACCAAAGCCGUAGGAUGGAGGAGCAGGAGCUGGUGUGCCCCGGAGAGGUGCGGCCAGCCCUCCAUCAGCUCCAGGCACCAAAUCUUGGUGGCAAGGAGGGCACCCCGCUGCCCGUUGCCCCAGAGCUGUUCUCUGCCAGGGGAGGACAGGCAUUGGGCCCCAUGGUGCCCGGGUGUUCAGAGGGGCUGAGAAAUAGAACAGUGUGUGUAGGGGCUUCGGGCAGGGAGUUCUGGAACGUCAGGUGAGGUGGAGCCCAGGGGAGGACAGAGGUGUUAGUGCCCCCAACUCCUGCCAGAGCCCCAGUCCAGCCACAGAGUGGCUCAGAAAGGCCAUUCCUAGAGGGCUGCGGCCCUCCCUUCUCCCUUGCCCAUGCCCCCAGAGCUGCCUGCCGGGCAGGGUGGCACCACUGCAGGAGAGGAGCUUGGCCUCCGGGGGUCAGGCAGGAGGCGCCUGGCUAGCCAGUGCUGGCUCCACUGGGCAGGAAGCCCUGGACCCCCAGGUAUGAGGAGGGGGUGGUCUUAGGGUUCUGUUCCAGGUCUGCCCCCUGCCCCCAGCCAUGCCCCAGGCAGAACUUGGAAUUCAGGUGUGCACCUGCAGGCUGAGGGGCUCUGUGAGCAGGUGCUGCUCACACAGGGAGUUCAGGCGCCAGCCAAGCCCCUGUGCUGCUGGGAUAGGCCUGCUUCACUUAGGGAGCGCUGCCUCAAGACAGGUAAAGCCCCCUCGUUUGCCCCCACCCCCAUGGGGCCGCUCAGGAGAGAAACUCCCAUUCACCCCUUUCCCAGGGUGCUCUCUCUCUAGGUGGCAUGCCAGCUCCCAAACACAGGUGGCUUUUGGGCCCAGGUGGGUCAGCCUGCUGCCCCUGCCCCAUACCCCCUCGGGCCAUUGGGGCCCCUGCCCUUCAGAUGUCCUAGGGUCUAGGAGUGGGGCCAGUCACUGUGGGAAGAGGCCAGGGGCUUGGCCAGAGAGGCAGCCCAGGGCAGGACCCAGUCCUGAGUCCUGGAGCAGGGCCAGGGAGGCGCCCACCCCGCCCCGGCCAGCCGCCCUCUCUGCUGUUUCUUCUGUUUGUUCUUCUUUUCACCCACAGCUCUGUGUUCCUGUCAUCCCUCCUUUCAGCAAAAGUCCUGUUCCCGUUCCCUCUGUCCCCACCCACUCCUGUUCCCCCAAGAAAAUAAGCUAUCAUUGUUGUAUUUGCAAUCUAUGGAUUAGAGGUUUAAGUAUUUAUUAUUAUUGGUUAAUUAUUAAUUAUGUAAAUUUGCCUCCCAUCUGUCUGUUGCGUUGGGUUUCUGAGGAGACCCUGGGUGAGGAGGAUGCACUGGCUCCCCGCUUCUCGCCCCCCACCCCUGUGCUGUCCGGGAGACAGUGGUCUGGGGCCACUGGUUGGGCCCCCUUCUCCCUUCCCCCUUCCCCUCGUCCUUUCUGCAGGCCGUUGAGGGGGGGCUGUCUGUCUCAGUCUGUCUCUGCUCCCACUCUUGAGGCACUGGUUACCCCAAAGUGAGCAGCCAGCAGGGGGACGAAGGUCCUGUGUUGGCCACUGCCUCCUCCAGUGCUGCAGGAGGCGGGCUGAGGCCCCACCUGGUGGCUUUCUCCUGACCGAGCCCUGAGUCCUUUUCAAGCCUCUCUCCUGCCCCUCCCACCUGGCCACUGCCUGGCAUUGGGAUCGCCCCAAAAUGGACCCGGCCCCUCCUGUUAUUUGCUGGGAAGUCCAGCGGAGGAGAGGGUGCAGGUCCCCCGAUGAGCCUCCAGUCUCUGUAGACUGGGCUGCCGGCCCUUCAGCCCCCCUUGGAGCCCCUCCCGCCGCAGCCGCACCUUCUGCUCCUGGCCCCUCCCUUUGUAUUUGGAGACAAUGUGUUGUAAUAAAGCUUAAAGUGGAUGUUUUC